AGUGUCGUCUGCUUUAGUUUUGUUUACACAAGCUUCGAAAAAGAGACGAAGUUUAAGAUGUUUAAAGAUUAAAAGAUAUAGAAAAUUGAAUGUAUUGAAACGUACGUGGCUGUACGAAAAAUAGCAGAACAAAUAAAAUUACCAAAAUGUGGACCUCGUGUCAACUCUCGUCUCAUUAUAGAAUCGCCUAAUACACACUCCAUGCUGUUCAUAGCAGAUUCCAGGCCUGAGCCAGCCUCAAGAUAUGCAUGUUUUUUGUAUGCCUUUAUUGAACUGUCAUCAUCCAGUAUCAUCACUUAGCAUCCCAUUUGAUGGGAGAAAUAUCCCUUUCUUUAAAUGUCCUCGUGUACCCCAUGUAAUUGUGGGUGUAUUUCACGUGGACGCCCUUUUUCUUAUUCCGUCUGGUGGAUUCAACUCGUCAGCGGAUGGAUGGAUCACCCGGUGAAUGCCUGGCCUUCGGUGAAUUCCCAGGCUUAAAGAUAACGAAUUAAUCCAACCAUGUGUGUGUUCCCAGCCAGAGGAUUGCGGGUCGCUGCCCGUCGUGCGGUAGGGCAUAUCGGCUGAACUGCUGGGAAACGUGAUUCGGGACUAGCGGGGUCUCCGUGAUGGGGCGCGUGUACCUUAAGAGAGAGAGAGAGAGCGCGACCCGUCGUCCUUGGAUCUGGCAGCAGGUGAAUGGCACAAGUUCUUGCCUUUAGCAGACAGCACAGCCGAGCAGCAGCAGCAGCAGCUAUGGAGCAAGAAGCGGAAAGUGUUCCACUUUUUUAUUUUCCCCUCCCCGAUGGAUGCUCGCCGACCCCGGCUGCAACAUCCAGUGUGACAGGGCUCUUGGCACAUUCACCUGACCCAAACCUAUACACGUACACCUAUCUCUACCAUACGCUGGUGGCUGUUUUUUUUUUAAUCCGCCUCCCUCCUCCUUUCAUUUUCCUUUCGCAUUUCUAAUCGGCCCAGCACAUUGGUAUAUAAAGCCUUGGCAGUGACUCCUUCAAUCAUCGAACAGACCAGCAACGGAUACAGUCAUCAGCUUCAACAGCUCCAGUCAAAUAAAAAUCUACUCUCAAAAACCAAUUCUACCGAGCGAAAAUGGCAGCCAAGUUCUCCGUUCUCCUGGUCGUCUCCAUGUUUGUAGCGGUCUCCAUGGCCGGAGGAAAGAAGGGUGGAAGCAGCUAUGGCGAUUACAGCGCUAGCUAUGCUCCAUCCUACCCUUCUUACCCUUCUUACUCUGCUCCCUCUUACGCUGCUCCCUCUUACGCUGCUCCUUCUUACGCUGCUCCUUCUUACGCUGUUCCGUCUUAUUCAGCUCCUGCUUAUCCAGCUCCUGCUUACUCUUCCGGUAAAUCUAGCGGUGGCAAGAAGCGCAAGGGGGGCUUAAAGAGAUUGUUCAAGGCCAUCAAGGGCAGUGAUCUUGACUUUGAUGCUCUUUUUAACACACUCGCUUCUCUAUCAGGAGACUAUUCCGGUGGUUCUUCUUAUGCCGCUCCUUCUUAUGCCGCUCCUUCCUACGCCGCUCCUUCAUACGGCGGUGGCAAGAAAGGAGGCAAGAAGGGAGGUAACCACUACGCCGCCCCAGCACCCUACGUCGCUCCAGUCUACUCCGCACCGGCCUACUCCGCACCAGCCUACUCCGCACCAGCCUACUCCGCACCGGCCUACCACGCUCCGACCUACGCCGCUCCGGCCUACCACGCUCCGGCCUACGCUCCAUCUUACGGCGGUGGCAAGAAAGGAGGCAAGAAGGGAGGCAGCCAAUACUCCGUUUCCUACGCUCCUACCUACGUCCCAUCUUACCAGGCUCCUACUUACCACGCUCCUUCUUACCCCGCUCCUUCUUACCACGCUCCAUCUUACCCCGCCCCAUCUUACUCCGCCCCAUCUUACUCCGCUCCAGCCUACGAGGCUUCAUCUUACUCCGCUCCGGCUCCUGCUUAUUAGAAAAACCAAAAAGUAUUUUCUAAUUUUUACCACCAAAAGUUGUUUGUUUUCACCCAACAGCGGAGAAAUCAAAAUAAGGAGUCGGUAUUUUAAUUCAGACGCAAAAAGGAAAUGAGAUUAGCUUGAUGGUGACUCCUUUUUGAUUCAAUUCUUCUACUCAGAGAUAUAUCUCGUCAUCGGAUCUAGCCCGAUGACAGUUUAUAUAAUAGGAUUUAUCUUGAUAUUAUCAUUCUAUGCCAAUACUUAAUCCAACUUUAUAUUCUCUUUUUACAAUGUCACUUUAGCCGAUUUGAUUCUUACAGCUCCUCCACCUUCCCACUCAUUAUCUGACACAGAUACUUGGUAGUCAACCAUUCUUCAUGAGUGUACAUAUUUAAAAUUUUCUGACUUCAUCUCGCUCAACCAAACAAAGGAAAAGAAAAUAUUAUUUGCCUUCGCAGACUGUUUUUCCAAUAUCAAAAGUAGAGUUAUAUCACUUUCCCCCUAUCAAAUCCUGCCUAAAAUAUUUUCCAUUUCACAAAAGACACUAUUUUACAGAAUGUUUUAUAUACUUGUGUAUUUCGAUGCCAAUUUCGAAUGACAUUUAUAUUGAAUUGCCAAAUAUAUUUCUUCGGGGCUUGUGCGAUUGUCACAGUCUUAGCACAAAAAAUUA